CUAAAUUUGUUAACAGUUGUAAACAACAACACUGUACUGUAAUAUACUUUUGCUCGAUAGAUCCGAAUUCCGAUCCGGAGGCGACGGAGACAAUAGAUAAUAGAAAGAUAGAUCAGACGAGGCGAUGCUGUUUAGCGCUGCUUCAGCAACUCCACUCCGCUAUAGUGGUUUAGUUGCGGAGAAACCAAUUCCAAAGCGUAUGCGUAUGCGUAUGCGUAUGCGUAUGCGGGGGAUGAAACAAUCAAUUCGGAUUGGGGCAACAUCAUCGACGUCGAAUAAUAAGUUCGAUCUGAGGAAGUAUUGGAGAAGCCUAAUAAGGGAGAUAAACCAGAAGCUGGAGGAAGCGAUACCAGUUAAGUACCCUGCGGGGAUCUAUGAGGCGAUGAGAUACUCAGUCCUAGCUAAAGGCGCCAAGCGUGCCCCUCCUGUUAUGUGUGUCGCCGCCUGCGAGCUCUUCGGUGGCCAUCGUCUCGCCGCUUUCCCCACCGCAUGUGCCCUUGAAAUGGUCCACGCGGCUUCGCUUAUUCACGAUGACCUCCCCUGUAUGGACGAUGAUCCUGUCCGCAGAGGAAAGCCAUCUAACCACACUGUCUUCGGUGCUGACAUGGCCAUUCUCGCUGGCGAUGCCCUCUUCCCUCUUGGCUUCCACCACAUUGUUUCUCUCACCCCUCCUCACCUUGUUCCCCCUUCCACCAUCCUCCGUAUCAUCUCCGAGAUUGCCCGCACCGUCGGCUCUACCGGUAUGGCUGCUGGUCAGUACGUUGACCUCGAAGGAGGCCCCUUUCCUCUUUCCUUUGCUCACGAGAAGAAAUUCGGUGCCAUGGGGGAGUGCUCUGCCGUCUGUGGUGGUCUCUUGGGUGGUGCCACUGAUGAUGAGCUUCAGUCUCUCAGAUUGUACGGCAGAGCUGUUGGGAUGCUCUAUCAGGUGGUGGAUGACAUCACACUCGACAAUAACAACUUUGCGGGAGCCUUUGGAACAGAGAGGGCUAUGGAAAUGGCAGAUGAGCUUAGUGUAAAGGCGAAGAAGGAGCUGCGAGUUUUUGACAAGUAUGGAGAAUCAUCAGUUGCUCCUCUCUACAGUUUCGUUGACUACGCUGCUCACCGAGACUUCCUUCUUCAUCUCUGAAUAUUUAUGGGCCUCUUUUCUUUGCCUUUUGGGCCUUAUCUGUUAUCUACGUAUCAUAUUAUUAGUUAAGAACAUUGGUGGAUUAUAUUUUGUUUUGAAUAAUUGUACCUACUUCACUUGUUGAUGACUAUCAGAGGAAAGUGUCUUCUGAUGUUUA